GAUUUCACAUCUUCAGGCUUCAAUACGAAGCCAACGGGCGGACUCGUUUAUUCUGCUUUAGAAAGCCCCAGACGCCUAUGACAACGAAGAGCUCGAGGCAACUUGAAGCCGAAGCCCUCCUCAUUCAUAGAAUCCAACUUCGUCAGUGUUGGACAUGAACUUCCCUUCCCGCUCGGAACACGAAGAAAGAAUCUUCCUGGUUUGGUUAUCAAGAAAUUUAAUUGUUCAGUUAUUUCUACCCUUCGAGUUCGCAUAUUUUAUUUUUCAUUGAGUGGGCACUUCCUGAUUUGGGGGUUCUGGAUAGUUCCUGAGAGACUCUUGAAUCCGAGAGCAUUGAAACUACCAUGAAUAUUGUUUGUUAAACCGCAGUUAUAUUCUCGGAGUUUGCACAAGAGUGGGCAGCUCAAAGGCUGAGAAAUUAACAGGGAUUUUGGGAAAUGGGGAAGCCUUUGUUUUAUGAGAUCUUAGAAAAACCCGCCACAAGUUGUAUCAUAGGAAUAUGCUGUGCGAUCUGGUUCUACAUACAGAAGAAAAAUAUCGGCUAUUCUCAUGUUGGACUUAGUUAUGAGACUGCCAUGGAAGGGCAUUAUUGGAGGAUAAUCACUUCGGCAUUUUCCCAUGUAAGUGUUCUUCAUCUUGUUUUUAACAUGAGCGCGCUUUGGAGCCUUGGGGUAGUAGAGCAGCUAGGGCACUUGGGCCUGGGUGUUGAGUACUAUUUACAGUAUACACUUGUCAUGGUUGUAUUAUCGGGAGUGCUAGUUCUUGGCAUGUACCACGUAUUAAUCCAAAGAUUUAAGCUGGAGCACUUUCGCAGAGUGACGGCUGUUGGGUAUUCCUGUGUUGUUUUCGGGUGGAUGACAAUCCUUUCGGUGAAGCAACCUUCUUCCAAGCUGGAUCUAUUUGGUUUUCUUUCACUUCCCAUCAGUUUUGCACCGUUUGAAUCGCUUGUUUUCACUUCAAUCAUUGUUCCCCAAGCGAGUUUCCUUGGCCAUUUAUCAGGAAUUAUUGUUGGAUAUGCUAUUGCUUGGGGUUUGAUUCAUGGGAUGAACAAUUACUGGGCACUUUCCUUAUUAGGUUGGAUUUUGCUUGUCUUUGUUUUGAGUUUGAAGAAAUCUGGUGCAAUUGACCUCAACUUUCUUGAGGUUGAAUCUGUCACAGAUCCAUCAUUACCAUCCGUUCGAUUUUUGGGAUCAGGAAAUGGCAGAACAUUGCAGAUGAGUGCAUUACCAUUAGGAAAUGUUGAACUCGUGUAAUUUGACCACUGUGAAUCAGAUGCUGCCUUGACGUGAUGAAGACUGCUAGCAAUGUGAUCUUCUAUUUCUCUAUCAGCCAAAUUGUUUAUAGCUGCCUCAGUGUCCGUUUCGGAGCUUGCAUCUUUGCUAUCAUGAUAAUGAAUAGUCUCAUACUCAAUUGUUUCAAAUUGUUGUACUGACACUGCCAUCGGAAAUAUGUUGCCAGUGAUUUUUAAUAUGCAUGCUUUCUUUUCGUAGACAAGAUUUUGUUUUUCUAUACUUGGUGGAUCUUUAUGCUUAGGGUUUUGUUUAGCUAUAUGGCGUCAUUUUUUCCUGUUUGGUUGCGGAGGCAAUAGAAAUUCAUUGCUAUAGUAUA